AUGGACGCAGCCGAUGUUGAAAGCCAGGCGAAAGAAAUAUCGUCUCAUGAGGUUGAAAAUGUGGAUGCCAUCGAGGAGUUUUCGUUCACUGGCGAGGAAGAGAAAGUGUUGGUGAGGAAGAUUGACCUCACUCUUCUGCCUACAAUCUGGGUGAUGUACCUAUUGUCCUACUUGGACAGAACCAAGCAAGUUUUGUUACGUCAAGGCCAAGCAAGGACACUUAUCGCAAAUGCAAAGAUCUCUGGUAUGGAGGUAGAUCUCAAUUUGACGUCUAACCAAUACUCGAUUGCUCUUGUUGUUUUCUUUGUUGGAUAUGUGGUAUUUGAGGUUCCUAGCAAUCUCGCUCUCGGUCGAUCCCGACCCUCGAUAUUCCUUCCCUCAAUCAUGAUUCUAUGGGGCACAUUGACGUGUGUCAUGGCCGUCGUGAAGAGUUUUGCUCAUCUGGUCGUUCUGAGGACAAUCAUCGGAUGCAUUGAGUCCGGAUUUGCCCCAGGUGUCCUUCUACUUCUGUCAUCGUGGUAUAAACAAAACGAACAAUCAAAGAGAUUCGGAGUGUUUAUAUCUGCUGCUGUCCUAUCGGGGGCAUUCGGAGGUCUUAUUGCUGCCGGUAUUGUCGAGAGUCUCGAUGGAUCUCAUGGAAUUGAAGGCUGGCGGUGGCUGUUUAUCAUCGAAGGCGUGAUCACUAUUGGCUUUGCUAUAAUUUCAAUUUUUAUUCUUCCUGAUUUCCCGUCAACGACACGGCGUCUUUCUGAUCGUGAACGACAAAUAGCCGUGGUACGCCUGACUAAACAGCAUGUUACUGCUGCCACUGAAGAUACCGAGCACUUGAGCAACUUAGGUGCUUGCAAGGUAGCCUAUCAGGACUAUCGUACCUGGGCUUUUGUGAUCGGCUAUAUGGUUAUCGUUGGGUCAAGUACUCUCACCUACUUCUAUCCGACCCUUGUAGAAGGGCUUUUCGGCAAUGCUUCGACUAAGAAGAUCAACUUAUUGACUGUCCCAAUCUAUGGGGUGGCAUUUAUCGCCACCGGAAUUACAUCCUACUAUAGUGAUAAAGUGCCGACAUGGCGUGGCCUGAUUAUUGCCAGCUGGCUAGCAUAUUCCCUGAUCUGUUCCGUUCUUGUGUGCACCAUUUAUAAUUUCGAAGCUCGAUAUGUCCUUUUGGUUCUCAUGGCAGCUGGCCUUUGGUCCACCAAUGGAGGUACCCUCGCAUAUGCGUCUUCUGCAUUUGCUGGGAUGCACCCGCAAGCUAGAGGAGUUGCUUUAGCCAUGGUGAAUGCUCUAGGUAAUUUGGCGCAAAUCUACGGCUCGUAUCUUUUCCCCGAGAGUGAUAGCCCCAAAUACAUUAUGGGGUUUUCCGUCAUCUCUGCAAUGCUGGCAGUUGGCGUGGUUGUAUUUUUGUUUUUACACAUUUGGUUUCGUCAGCGCCUGCGGUCCAAUCUCGUCCAGUGA